AAAUAUCGGUAAAAUAAGGAGAAAGUAUAGCGACGGCGUUAGUUACAAAAAAAAAUAGUUUCUUAACAAUUUCUUAAUUUUGAAAAUCUUAAAAUGCUCAGUUGUAAAAAAGAAAUCGGUUACACGCAGCACCAUUUUGCAGCCCUCGUUUAGAAGAAAGGCACGGGGGAAACUGGCAUCGCGAAUUGGCCUGCACACACCCACACACUUCCUUAGGUUUUCCGAUCCGAUUCCGUUUAUUUGGAAGGUCCUUGAGAUCCAGAAGAUGGAGCGGUACUUGAGCCGCCGCGAAAGUGGCUUCCACAUCCACGGGGGCGACGAGAACUUCGUGAUGCGGCGGAUAUACAGCUCGAUGAACAUGUUCAACAGCUACCACUCCAAUUGCAAAAAGACGGAGGCGGGUCGAACCGGGGCCAUCUUCAACCUAGAGUUCAAUGCCGACGGCAACGUGGUGGUGGCCGCCACCGAGAGGAAGUGCGUCCUGGUCUUUGACGCCAUCACACAGAAGGAGAUCUUCAAGGUCCCCGACGCGCACACGGAUAGUGUCAAUUGCAUAAAAUUCUUCGACGAGCGAUUGUUCGCCACGGGAUCCGACGACUUCACCGUUGCCCUCUGGGACCUGCGGAACAUGAAACAGAAACUGCGUGUUCUCCAUGGUCACUCUAACUGGGUGAAGAACAUCGAGUACUCCUCCAAGGACAAACUGCUCGUUAGCUCCGGCUUCGAUGGCAGCAUCUUCACCUGGGACAUCAACUCCCAGACGGAACAGGGCCUGAUCUCGCAGCGCGUCUUCCACGCCAGCGGUCUGAUGCGCUGCCGUAUUUCGCCCACCGGCGACAAGCUGGUCCUCUGCACCAGCGGUGGCUACAUCAUGAUCAUCCAUCACCUUGACCUCACCACGCUACACAAGGAUCUGUGCGGAUUUAGGCCUGGUAUCUACCGACUGAUGCAGUUGGGCGAACAGUACAUCCCACAGGCCGCCAAGUACGACCAUGUGUUUUCCAAGCGCCAGAAAAAGAACCGCGUGGAGCUGGUCACCGACUUUCCGGAGCAGAACGACGCCGAGAUGAUAAUGGCCUUGCAGAUCCACCCGCACUGUCAUUGCAUGCUGACCCGGAACGUCAGCUGCGACGAGCAGAGCGAGUGGACCUGCAUUCACGACAUCAACGAGGAGCCGGCGAGCAACGAGGAAGAGCGGGAUGAGGAAGAGCCACUGCCCAAGAAGAAACGCGUGUCCACAGGGACCGGCAGCCGCAGCAGCUCGGGACAAGACCAGGAUACGGAUGGCCUGCCGCCCAGACAGCCGCGGAGACCCUUGCGCAUGGGCACUGUCCAGGUGUUCCAUUUGGACAACCCAGGAACGGGCCGACUGGCCUCUGCCACAGCCCCAGCCUCGCCACGAUCCGACACCUUUAUACCGGACAUCUGGGCGGCGGAGGUCACCGUCCAGGAGCGGGCCAUUCGUCAGAACCGGGCGCGCAACUCAAACAACCAUGUGAGCGGAUACAACUUUGUGUACGCCAUCAGCAGCGGAGUCCUCCCGCUGCGGCCCUCGAUGGCCAAUCGCUCCCCACCGUCUUCAGAGGGCAACCGGAGCAGCAGUAGCAGCUCCAGCAGCAGUAGCUCCAGCAGCAGUAUCAACAGUACCAACAGCGACACCACCGUGCGGUUAGAGAUCGGCCAUCGGCUGCGCCUGCGACCCUUUAUCCCUAGUCAUGCGGCAGCGGCAAGGUCCAAGGAGAACAGCCAUUCCAUACUGGUGAAUGCCAAGAAGCUGCUCUACUACGCCGCUGAGACCAACACCAAGCCAGGCUUCAUUAAGGAGCCGGGGUUCUCGGCGGACGGGAGAAUCGUAUGCUCCCCGUACGGAAACGGGGUGCGACUUCUUGGCUACAGUGACGACUGCUGCGACUAUCCCAGAUGUCACGCGUUCGAGGAGGUAAAGCGGCAACCGCGAAAGCUGGUUGAACUGGCCAAGAUUACCGAGCAUCAGGACGUUGUGCUGUGCGCCAAGUUUAGCCCCAGGGAGCCGCUCCUGGUAACUGGCUGCAAUGGGGGCGAGGUUACCUGGUAUCGUCCCAAUCUCUAGACUUCAGUUGAGCCGUUAAAUCCCGUCGAGCGCUCGCUGACAAAAUGUAUAUUUUUUAUUUUCUAUUUAGGCGUAGUUUGACAUUAUCCAAGCACCACUUGGCGAAAUACAAGCAGCUAUAUUUAUGGUGAACCGAUUAA